AUGGAGAUGCCUCAGAUUGCUCGUCCGAUACCCCGACGACCAUUCGAACUGACUCCUACUUCAACCGACUCGUCGCAUCCUCCAUCCCCAGCGACUGAAGCCGUCAAUCCGGAUGGGCUCGCCAGUCCAAAGCCCGAUUCCACACCCGCUCGAACCCGAUCGAUCCUCAACCUCACCUCUUCGACACUGCUCGGGAUAUAUUCACCUACAGGGUACGAUGAGAACCGAGAAGAGUUGUCAACGCCGUGGGGGACUGGAGCGCAAACACCAAACCAAAGGCAGAGCAUAGAUGACUACAGGCCUCGACAACCUUCGUCGUUGGCAUGGCCCCGUGAUGCGGACAAGCCACGGCUGAAACCCAAGAGAAAAGGAUUCCGCGGCUUCAUAAUACCUCUACUCCUACAGACAGUCCUCCUGUUCGCAUUUGGGAUUGCCUAUGGCUCCGUCGUCACGCAUCUGCACAAGCGGCAGCUUAUAACGCCAGUGCCUGUUCCGAACGUUGAACGCGAUUCCUUGUACUACCAGCUAUCUUGGGGUGUGUUUGGCAUCUUGCUGGGCAAUGCUCUACCGCUAGUCGACUCCUUGUGGGAGAAAGCUGGUUCUUCUGUCGUGUCUGGGGAGCAGACUACUCAAGCUACACAAUUGGGGCCUGAAAUAGCUGCUGCAACCGAAGGGCCGACCUCUAGCCCUUCAUCUGACAGUGGGUUGGGUCCGAUAUGGUAUUCAGCCGUGAGAAGCAUUGGUGUGUUUGUCGGGAUCGCCUUUGCAGUGCGACGGCUCCCCUGGCAAUCAACUCUGCAAGUUGCCUUGACGCUGGCUUUAGCUAAUCCCGUUCUAUGGUACCUGAUUGACCGGUCCUUAUCGGGCUUUGCUUUUUCAGCCGCCGUCAGUACCAUUGGAACAAUGGUUCUGUUGCUCGUCGAUCCGAGUUUUGUGCCGCUUCCAGCUAUCCAUCAGCCGACCGCGUCUCAACAGUUUGGUGUAUAUACGUGGUUGGCUAGCAUCCUCUUCUGCACGAGCAUCUGUUUUGGGGCUAUUGGCAGGCGACUUCAAUUGUGA